UCAAUGGCUGGCGGACAAGAAAAAUGGUAUUUUUCAAAAGAUCAACUACAGAAUUCAGCAAGCAGAAAAUGCGGUUUAGAUGCAGAUAAGGAACUAGCAUAUCGGCAGCAAGCCGCAAAUCUAAUCCAGGAUAUGGGCCAGAGGCUUCAAGUCUCUCAACUAUGUAUCAACACGGCGAUAGUGUACAUGCACCGGUUCUACGCGUUCCACUCCUUCACGCAGUUCCACCGCAACGCGAUCGCUGCGGCAGCGCUCUUCCUCGCCGCAAAGGUGGAGGAGCAGCCGCGCAAGCUAGAGUAUGUGAUAAAAGUGGCCCACGUGUGCGUCCAUCGCGGCGAGGGGGUCAACGCCCUCACCACGGACCAGUACCAGGAACAGGCGCAAGACCUAGUAUUCAACGAGAACGUGCUACUUCAGACCCUAGGGUUCGAUGUGGCCAUCGACCACCCGCACACGCACGUUGUUCGCGCGUGCCACCUCGUCAAAGCGCCGAAAGACCUCGCCCAGACGUCAUACUUCAUGGCAUCCAACAGUCUUCACCUGACUACGAUGUGCCUGCAGUACCGGCCGACGGUCGUGGCCUGUUUCUGUAUACACCUCGCCUCCAAGUGGAGUAACUGGGCUAUACCCCAAUCAAACGAGGGCCGGCACUGGUUCUCAUACGUCGACCGAACAGUGACCUCGGACCUGCUGGAGCGGCUGACGGCAGAGUUCCUGCACAUCUUCGACAAGUGCCCGUCCCGGCUCAAGAGGAAAAUGAUGGAGAGGAACAGCAACAGCGGCAGCUCGCCACACUCGAGCGCGGCCCACGGCAGUAGCUCCGCGUCGCAACAGCGGCCGUCGUUGCCCAACGACGACUUUGACAAGUCGUUUGAUAAAGAAUACGAGCGCGAGCGUCGACGCGCGCCCGCCGCCGGCGGAUACGUGCCAGCCGCGCCCGCCGCCCCCGCGCCUAACAAGAUCGACUACAACGCGUACAGGGAGAAGAGGGAGCGGGACGAGCGCGAGCGAGCGAGACAACAGCAGCCCUCCGCCGCGCGCCAGCCCGGGCAACAGCAACAACCCCCGGCUCGUCCCGCGGCGCCCCACCACCGGCCGCACCACCACAAGCCGCCGCCCUGGCCGCACCACAAGCCGCCCCACAAGCCCGCCCAGCCCGCGCCGCCCGCCCCACAAGCCCCCGCGCCCGCGCCCCCCGCCCCCGCUCCUGCCCCGGCCGCCCCGCAGCGCACGCGCCCCCCCUCGCUCUUCUCCCCCGACAACUCCACCGCGCCCGCGCAGGCCGCGCAGCGACCGCCCUCCCGACCUCCUCCGCAGCGCCGCCCCGAGCCCCGCCCUCAACCUCCUCCUGCCGCACCAGCUGCCGCCCCCGCCCUCCCCACACCCACAGCCACCCCUACCUCCCCCCGCCGCGUCGUGCGCGACAUGCAGCCCCCCGCCAUCCUCUCCCCGUUCUCCUCGCCCCCCGCUCCCACACCCGCGAUCCCCCCGCCCGCCGCGCGCGACCAGCCUCCCCCCUCCCGCCCGCGCCAGCGCCAACACUCCAACUCCGAGCCCGAGCUCGUCCCGGUCGUCAAGAAGCUCGACGAGACCCCCGGCUACGAGAACGUCAUCCGCGACUCCCAGCGCGGCUCCGCCAUCCGCGCCAAGCCGCCCGACCGCCGCCCCGACCCCCUCCCGCCCGCGCUCAACGGCAUAGAGACCGACCCCACCCUAGUCUCCAAUCUGCUCAAGGAGAGUCUCGCCAAACCUGCACCUAUCACGGUCGCCACCGAGCGCAAAUCACCCAUAGUAGAAGUCAAACGGGAACCGGUCGUCGAACCCAAGCGGGAGCCCGAACCGGUCGUCGAAGUCAAACGCGACCCGGAACCGGCCCCGGUAGCCCCGCAAACGGCCCAACCGGUAACAGAGGACGUACCCGACCACAAACAUAAGAAAGAAAAGAAGAAAAAGGAAAAACAUAAACACAAAGACCGGGACAAGUCGAAAGAGGAGAGAAAGAAACAUAAAAAGGACAAAGAGCGAGAGAGAAAAGAAGGCAGGAAGGAGAGUCCCCCGCCGGCGCCGGCGGAGCCCGCCGCGGACGGGGCGUUAAGGAUAACUAUACCCAGGGAGAAGCUCGCCAGCAGCCCCGGCUUGAAGAUCAAGAUACCCAAGGAGCGGCUCGCGGCGCCCCCGCCGCCGCCCCAGGCGGCCGGCCUCAAGAUCAAGAUCUCCAAAGAGGUGCUGGAGACCUCGCGCAAGCGCGCCGCGCCGCCCACCGCCGCGCCCGCGCCGCCGCACAAGAUGGCGCGCCACAACGGAGCGCCGCACCCCAAGGUGACCGGAGCCCUAAUACAUGCCGCAAUCAAGAAGGCCGGCGUAGACGUGAGCUCCAUCCGCGAAGUGAUGGAGCUGAUAAACACCACCACCACCACCACUGAGGCCACCACCACCACAGAAAGCGAGGAUGAAGAUACUAUUAAUGAAGGAGGAGAAGCAUUGGACGCUUACAUUUAUGACGAGCCGGACCCGCGGGCGAGGGAGGUCCCCUGGAGAUGGCAGGCGGCUAGGGAAUCCAAGUACACGACUGUUGAGAUUCUCGAGGGAGAUGAACUGGAUGAGGUAAUUGAGUUCCAAGAAGGCGAUAAUAACCCCACGACAACGUCCGUUAAUCCUCGUGCUCAAGCCGUACAGGAAUUUGACACUCAACCCACACUACCACCAACCCCCGGCAUCGACACAACAACCUGGGCACCCACAGGAGCCGGCUUCGACACAACGACCUGGGUGCCAACAGGAGCCGGCUUCGACACAACAACCUGGGCGCCCACAGGAGCCGACUUCGACACAACAACCUGGGAGCCCACAGGAGCCGGCUUCGACACAACAACCUUCCAGCCCACAGGAGCCGGCAUCGACUCAACAACCGCAGUGCCCAAAAGACCAGACAUCGACACAACAACCGCAGUGCCCAAAGGACCAGAAAUCGAUACAACAACCGGAGUGCCCAAAGAACCAAACAUCGAUACAACAACCGCAGUGCCCAAAGGACCAGAAAUCGAUACAACAACCGGAGUGCCCAAAGAACCAAACAUCGAUACAACAACCGCAGUGCCCAAAGGACCAGAAAUCGAUACAACAACCGGAGUGCCCAAAGAACCAAACAUCGAUACAACAACCGCGGUGCCCAAAGGACCCGAAAUCGACACAACAACCGGGGAACCCAAAGGAACCGACACAACAACCGAGGGGGCCACAGAAACCGACGCAAUUGCCACAGGAAAGGCCAAAGAAAAUGAGGAGGGGAUGGGGGUAGAGACGACUACCACCGUGGACUGGACCGCGACCACGACGCAGGUCACCACUCCCCGCACCACCACUGAAAAAGAUGAGUUCACGAAAGCUAUGGGGAAAGUGAACCGCAACGGUCUGAACUUUCUCGCAGUCAUGUUCAUUAUGCUCGGGAUCAUUCUGCUUAUCGCUAACUUCGUGAACUCCCCCGAGAUGGCGCUGCUGUACGUGGCGCUGCUACUGGCGACCCUAAUAGCCUCGCUCGUAAUACUGACGACGGUCGUGGCCGAGUGCUCCCGAGCGCCCGACGACUGUAUGCUUUCGAAACUGGAUUGGUUCACGGGCGCCGUGGUCUCAAUGUUCUGGUUCGUCUAUAUCUUCGUGUGGGCCAUCUUCGCAGCUGUGGCCAAUGGAAUGGCAAGAGACAUAGAACCUUUGUGAUAGUGCGAUCUAUUUACAAAACUGGCAUUAUAUCAGCAUAACCUAGAAUCUAAAGCCUGACCACAGAAUAUAUAAUAGUACAGGUACAGAAGGCUCACUCCUCUAAUAUUCACAAAAUGCCGCCAUUCUAAAUUCUUACCUAUAUUAACAAACAGACCGCAUGCGGACCUUUGCGAGGCGUGCACGGGCCCGAAGCUAACGCGUAGAGGCCCUUUUGACACUUUAAUGAAAUGUAAGGGUUACACCGAGCGGACGCUGCCCUUGCCCGUAUCAUGGGACACACGCAGAGGCAACACCCGCCAGGGUGUAAGGAAUAUUUGAGAGUUAAUGGAAUCUAAAAUUAACUGGGCUAUUGGAUGAAAGUGGCGGACUAAAUAUUACUAGGCUAUGGGAUAAAAAACGCCUGCCUAAUAGGACGGUAUGCAAUUUUAUUUCCGGCAGACGAUGACUCCUCCCCACAAGAUGGGCCCCCACAAAAAGCGACAUCCAAGAUGGCUCAAGGCCACUGGUGGGAGGACUCAAGGGUGUCGAGA